UCGGAAGUUGCUUUGUUUUGCUCCAAGAUGGCUGCGGGGAUGUAUUUGGAACAUUAUCUGGACAGUAUCGAAAACCUGCCCUUUGAGUUACAGAGAAACUUUCAGCUCAUGAGGGACCUGGACCAGAGAACAGAAGACCUGAAGGCUGAAAUUGACAAGUUGGCCACUGAGUAUAUGAGUAGCGCCCGCAGCCUGAGCUCCGAGGAAAAAUUGGCCCUUCUCAAACAGAUCCAGGAGGCCUAUGGCAAGUGCAAGGAGUUUGGUGACGACAAGGUGCAGCUGGCCAUGCAGACCUAUGAGAUGGUGGACAAACACAUUCGGCGACUGGACACGGACCUGGCCCGUUUUGAGGCUGAUCUGAAGGAGAAACAGAUUGAGUCAAGUGACUAUGACAGCUCUUCCAGCAAAGGCAAAAAGAGUCGGACUCAGAAGGAGAAGAAAGCUGCCCGCGCUCGUUCCAAAGGGAAAAACUCAGACGAGGAAACCCCCAAGGCUGCCCAGAAGAAGCUAAAACUUGUGCGCACUGUUCCAUUGAGUGGUUCCACUUUGCCUGUGUGGGGCUGACCACCAAGCCUCGGGGAAAAUGGUUUUGCCCACGCUGUUCGCAAGAACGGAAGAAGAAAUAGAUAAGGGCCUUGGAUUCCAACAGUUUUUUCCACAUCCCCUGCCCUGGGCUCGUGGGCAGAGGAAUGCCUGUGCUGGGGCCAGGGGUUCAGGGAGAGGUGGAUGGCACCACGCUGUCAUCCCUUCUUCCCCUACUCUACUCCCGACUCCUGGUGCCCGGGCUGCGCCCAAGCCCAGCGAGGGAGGGUGCCACAGCCGCCAACAGAUGUGCUCUCGUUCGGCCUCCCCUCCGGGGGAAGUGGUCUUGCCCACUGUCCUUCGCCCCCGUGCUGGCGUCGGUGCUGUAUUUCCGAGGGAGGGUCCACUUUGUUCCCCUUGUUUUGUAUAUAAAGACCGGGGCAGUUAGCUUGGGGGCAGUUGCCCCAGCCCUCUUAAUUCCCCUACCCCUUUUCAGGGGGCUAGGUGUAACGAACUUGCUUCUCCCUUCUCUUCCUGCUUUCUUCAUGGGGGGAUGCCCCACAUCAUCUGGGCUUGGGCCCUUCUUUUGGGGCCUCCCCUUUCCUCCGUGCCAAGGGGAUUUAUCCUCGCCUUGUGAGUGGGAGAAGGCUUACGUGUUAAAGGCAUCUGGGUGGGUAAAUAAAAGCUGUACAUGUUGGCCUGCUGUGUUUAUUGUGGAGACACUAAUCCAUGGGGGAGCAUUCUUUGUGUAUCUUGCGGGUUGGAUAAGAGGUGUGGGAGGCUGGCAUGCCAGAAGUAGGGCAAGACCCGAGACCAGAAGUUUCUGUACCAGAAUCCACAGCUUCUCGGCUGAGGGAGACAAAGCUGGCGGGAGGGAGUGCCUCACACCAGGGUCUCCAAAACGUUAUCAACCAUGCCUCUUUUCUCCAUAAAACAUCUUCACUCAGUGGCUAAUGAAUGAUGAGCUUGUGUGGUAUGUGUGUACUAUUAUACUAAUUAAUAGCUCGAUUUCUUAUCCCAAAACAGACAAAAAGGCAGGGGUUUUUCUUGCCAUACCUUGAUGGACUGUAUUGCUCCCUGGCCUCUGGGGGGCCCCUUCCCUGGGCUUUCCGCUGAGCUCUCCCACCGCGAACCCUGCUGUGGUCUUGCCCCUCAGCCCACUCCUUGCAUGAAGGUGUCCUCUCUAGUUCCUGUUUCGGACACUGCUCGCCC